CGAGCCCUCUCAAGCAAGAUGGCCGACUUUAUUUGAUCGAAAACAAUCGCGAAGUUCGGACGUGCAAAGUCGUCGAUGCUCCGUGUCGUGUCGACUCUGUUGAACCUAUCCGUGUGGUAUAGUUGUAUAGUUCAAGUAUAAAAAAUACCACCCAAGAAGAGAGCGAUACCAGGGCCAGGCGAGCGUACCACCUUCGGUUAUCGUGAGUGAACAACAGGCAAUCAACCAACAACAGUGUGUUCGGAUCCGAAUGUCCCGAAUUUGAACAACCCCUGGUGAUUCGACCCGAUUGGAGAUCAGUCGGUAGUUGAUGUUUUCCCGAUUCGUGCCACCGAAGUCUCGCGAAGAAUUUGCGUAAGCGACCUCGCGGCGGGUCUUACGAUCGCGUUUACGAAGUAUACCUGGAAUCGGUCGCGAUUUCAUUGAAGAUUUCCUUGGAAACUAGGAAGUGUGAUUCAAUUGAAACAUCACAAGAUCACUGUUUUCUGUUUCGGUGAUCACGACUUAAUUCGACAGAAAAAAAAGUGAAGCAAAGCCCUGCCGGAGAAGUGAAUAUACCAGAAAAAAAAUAAAGAAAAAUGUCAUGAAAAGUGUUAUGCUGGGUGGAAAGAUCGAUGGGAAUAGAUAUUUUGUUUUUGUCCUGGUUGUCACCCUCGGCGAUCGUUCUGAGAAGUGUCCCGAUAAUCUCUGGUGGUUGUCAGAACCCAGUCUGCACAUGCUGAUCUGUGUUAUUAGGAAAAACAAAACACCCGUCCCGUGGUAAUAUUCGGUGUCCGAGAAAAAAAGGCCUUAAAAAAGUGUCAGUGAUAUAUACACACCAACCGAAAACAAAUUCCUUCAACAAAAAAAAAAGUUCAGAAAUCUGAUUGUUUCCAAGCAGCAUCAACAGCAGCAAUAUCGCCUAGCGCUGUGCGUUCCGUGAAGAGAUAUUGGGAAGGUCGUCGACGCACCGAAACUAGAAAUUGUGUGUCAACGGCACGGCACCUCUCUGCUGCGACGCGCGAUAGGCGUGGGUAGUGCGCGGAGAGUUCGGGUUUCCAAACCCCCAUAUGCUGCGCGCCGCCUCGUGCACAAUUUAUGAAUGCCUCUUUAGAAUGGAAAGCUAUGUAAAGCGGGUCCGUUCGGAUCGUGUUUUUGAUUCCGAGGCAGAAUACCAAAUCGAAUAGUGACAGGAAAAUAAAUUUCGACGAAUCCGGUCACCCAUCCUCCCUCCGCUCCGCUUGAAAAACCCGGGAUGGAUCGACGACCAUACCGAUAGUAGUAGGUUUUUCGUGUUUCGUUUCGUUCCUCAAGAUUGAGCUGCUGAGGGCAUUUCGAUUCUAGAGAAUCCGGGAAACGAAUGAAAACAUCAUACAAGCCUAUCGGUGGUGCUUUAUUUGCUUUCGAUUCGAAUGGCAGUGAUUUACAUUGUGAGGGUAGCGCGGUUCAAGUGAUCGAUCGAAUGAAGUGAAAGUUUGUUAGAAGUGUUAAGAAGAAAAAUCUCUGGAAAAACCAAACGAAACCGACGAAAAAAAAUUGCGACUUGAAGACGCAAUAUUUCAAAUUAAAAAAUCGAAAUGGUAGUACCAACUAUGGAUAGUCUACCGAGAGUUCCGGAUACCCACGGGGACACGGUGGACGAGAAAGUAUUCUCCGACCUGUACAUUAGGACUAGCUGGUUCGAUGCCUCGAUAGCGCUGGAUCAAAUUGAAAAGGGCAAAGCCCGGGGGAGAAGGUCAGCCGUGUACAUGCGAUCCCUGUUCCAGUCCCACCUGUACAACCUUGGCUGUUCGAUACAGAAGCACGCGGGCAAGGUAAUAUUCGUAGCAAUACUAGUUCUAAGUACGUUCUGUGUGGGCCUCAAAUCUGCAACGGUGCAUUCGAAAGUACACCAGCUGUGGAUACAGGAGGGCGGGACGUUGGAACACGAACUGGCUUACACGCAAAAGUCCCUCGGAGAAAUGGAAACCUCGACGCAUCAGCUACUGAUACAAACGCCCAAGGACAUGGAAGCCUCAAUACUACACCCGAAUGCCCUACUGACCCAUCUGGAGGUGCUCAAACAGGCCAUAUCGGUUCGAGUCCACAUGUACGACAUCGAGUGGAGCCUUAAGGAUAUGUGCUACUCGCCCAGUAUACCGAACUUCGAAACCCAUUUCAUCGAACAGAUCUUCGAGAAUAUCAUCCCGUGUGCUAUCAUUACUCCUCUCGAUUGCUUCUGGGAAGGAAGUAAACUUCUUGGACCGGAAUAUCCUGUUUUCAUACCGCAAUCGUCGACCAAAGUUCAGUGGACCUCGUUGAACCCUCAAAACUUGCUUAAGGAUAUCAAGUCGCGCAACUACCAAUUCCCCUUCGACACCCUUGAGCACUACAUGAAGAGGGCGGGAAUUGGUUCCGGUUACACGGAGAAGCCAUGCCUCAAUCCAAACGACCAGCAGUGUCCGGAAACGGCCCCGAAUCACAAAUCCAAACAGGUGCCGGACGUUGCCUCGAUUCUGACCGGUGGUUGUUACGGGUUUGCCGCCAAAUACAUGCACUGGCCCGAAGAACUGAUCGUUGGUGGCGCCACUCGAAACCGAUCCCAGCAUCUGAAAACUGCCAAAGCACUGCAAACCGUCAUCCAGCUGAUGGGCGAACGGGAGAUGUACGAGUACUGGAACAACCACUACAAGGUGCAUCACAUCGGCUGGAAUCCGGAGAAAGCGUCUGAGGUUUUGAACGCGUGGCAGAAGAAAUUUUCCUCUGAGGUGAACAAAAUCAUGCAAACCGAGGUGAAACCGAUGUCGUUCUAUGAGGUGUUUGCCUUCUCGUCGGCUGCCCUGGAUGACAUCCUGGGGAAGUAUUCGAACCCUAACCCGAUCAGUUUGGGCAUCGGUGUUGCCAUCAUCCUACUGUACUCGGCGCUAACUCUGCUCCGCUGGAGAGAUCCCGUUAAUGGGCAGAGCGGUGUAGCGGUGGCUGGUGUCUUGCUGAUCGGCGUCACAACUGCGGCUGGUCUGGGAUUCUGUGCCUUGUUGGGUAUUGCGUUCAAUGCUUCAACCACUCAGGUGAUCCCGUUCCUGGCUCUGGGAUUAGGGGUCGAUCACAUUUUUGUGUUGACUCAUGCCUAUGCCGAGCGAGAUAACAAUGAACAAACGGGUCAUGUAUUGAAAAAAGCCGGUCUCAGCGUUCUGUUCAGUGGAGCUUCAACGGCGGGUUCGUUCUUCGCUGCUGCCUUGAUUCCAGUUCCAGCCCUCCGCGUCUUCUGCUUCCAGGGUGCUGUCCUACUGGUAUUCAACCUUGCUGCCGUUCUUCUCGUGUUCCCAGCAAUGGUAUCCCUUGAUCUGAGAAGAAGGCGAUCCGGACGUGCCGACAUCCUAUGUUGCUGUUUGCCAUCUCUGCCGACCACUAAUCAGGACCUGAAACAACGCCAACACCUUCAACCAAGUCAAGACGAUUCGUUGAUCGACUGCCCUGCGAAAGCUUGCUUCAGUUUCUCCAUCUCUAAGUUCGCCGUUAAACACUACGCCCCAUUCAUUACGAAAAGCUCAAUCAAGGUUCUUGCAAUGCUGAUGCUAUCCGGUAUUCUUGGUUGCUCCCUGUUCGCCUCCAUGAAACUUCCGGACGGAUUAGAGCUUACCGACCUAGUGCCCCAGAAUACAAACGAACACAAAUUCCUUAGCGUUCAAGGAAAGCUGUUCGGUUUCUACAGUAUGUUUGCCGUUACGCAAGGCGAUUUCGAGUAUCCAACGAAUCAGAAACUGCUGCACGAAUACCACGAAGCGUUCGUUCGAGUUUCGCAUGUGAUCAAAAAUGACAACGGAGGAUUGCCGGAGUUUUGGCUGAGCUUGUUCCGUGAUUGGUUGAUCAACCUGCAGAAGGCCUUCGAUCGAGACUAUCGAGAAGGACGGAUCACGCAAGAACGUUGGUUUCCUAAUGCUAGUGACGACGCUAUACUGGCCUACAAGUUAUUGGUUCAAACAGGUCACGUGGAUAAUCCUAUCGAUAAAAGCCUGGUUACUCAAGUGCGCUUGGUAGAUUCGGAAGGUGUGAUAAAUCCGCGUGCCUUCUACAACUAUCUCUCGGCGUGGGCUUGGAACGAUGUUCUAGCAUAUGGUGCUUCACAGGGAAAUUUGCGACCCGAACCUAGGGAAUGGUUCCAUAUGCCGCGUGAUUUUGAACUAAAAAUUCCGAAAAGCGCACCACUGACUUACACCCAGCUACCAUUCUAUCUGCAUGGGCUAAGCGACACGCAAGAUAUCAAAACGAUGAUUGGUCAAAUUCGAGAUCUGAGCAGAAGAUUUGAGGCUCGCGGUUUGCCAAAUUAUCCAUCAGGAAUACCGUUCCUAUUCUGGGAACAAUACAUGAACCUCCGGCCCUGUUUGCUGAAAGCCAUCGGAUUAGCUCUGUUGGCAGCAUUUUGCCUGGUCGCUCUUCUAUUGCUUUCGGUGUGGGCAGCCAUUCUGAUCGUUUUCUGUAUUGUAACGAUGCUGAUUCAACUGUUGGGAGUAAUGACUGUCCUGGGCAUCAACUUAUCCGCGAUUCCGGCGGUGAUCAUGAUAGCCAGCAUUGGCUUAGGGGUGUGCUUUACAGUCCACGUAUCAUUGGGAUUUAUAACCGCAAUCGGCAAUCGUGACCGGCGUAUUAAGCUAGCCUUAGAACAUUCACUUGCCCCGGUGAUACACGCAGUCAUGACUUCGAUCUUGGCUGUUCUCAUGCUGUCAACCUCGUCAUUCGAGUUUGUCGUUCGACAUUUCUUCUGGCUACUGUUAUCGGCCAUUGUUGUCGGAGCAGUUAACGGACUGUUCUUCUUCCCUAUCCUACUGAGUUUGGUAGGACCAGGUGCGGAAAUAAUUCCACUACAAUACGCUAACCGAAUAUCGACACCCUCACCGCCACCCAAGCGAAACAACAAAGUUUCGAACAAACCGAUCAUUUUGAACAAUAAACGAUCAUCUUCGAGAAAUUGUUCCAAAUCACACCACCACCAUAAACACAACAACAUCAACUUAAACAACGAACCAUCGCUAACGACAAUCACGGAGGAACCACAUUCGUGGAAGAGUUCCGCCUCGUCCAUUCCUUCGAUUCACGAGAAGAGUAAUCUGAACAUGAACUACCACCACCACCACCAGAAUCAAGCCCCAGAGCUGCAAAGUAUCGUACUACAGCCGGAAGUGACGGUCGAAACGCACCAUCACGGAGGCGACCACCAGAACACUAAGGUGACGGCCACGGCCAACAUCAAGGUCGAACUGGUCACUCCAUCCCGAGGAGGCGCCCCACGAAUGGUGCGGACCAGCAGUUCAAGCAGUAGUAGCGGCAACAGCAGUAGUGGUAAUAGUAGUAGUUAACCAACGUUGAGUGAUAGCUUUAUAGAAGUAUUUUAUACAAACGAAUGCGCCUGUAAAUAGCACAUCUAUUUCAUUAUCUAGUAACAACAUUUAUAGAAAACGACCAUUAUUUAUUUGUUGCUCCUCUUCCAAAUGAAAAAAUAAGUAUUAUUUACUAGUAGGUUGUAGCUAAAGCCCGUGAAAAUUUCAAUCUAUUUUCUCAUAAAUACUCAACAAACAAUCGGAAUCAUUCUAACAUUAACAGUUAUUUUCUCAUACAUGAGUUUACGAACGUUAGAUGGGAAAGGUCUGUUUAGUCCGCGUCGAGUGACUGUUGAUUUACUAAGGGAUUGCACGAUCCUUUGUAUAGCAAUAUAAAACUUGUUCCUCUAGCAUAUGUUUGUGGCGUUUUGGUUCAAUCACACAAAACGCGUCAAACAUCUAUAACGAACUGAUUAAACUAGCAUUAGCCACAUCGACUGUAGCUCUUAAGAUUAGUAUCUUCUGCAGUAUAAAUCCAAGAAAAGCUGUUACGGCGCAACAAAACUUAGGAACUCGUAACCAAUUAACAGCUCUAGUAGAAUGCUGCGUACAUUUUUGUAACAUUCAAUUGCGGGUCCCGGAACGAAAAUCGACUACAAGAUGCAUGCUUUAAGGCCAAAUAUAUUGAGUUAUAAACACAAAAUUUCCCUAUACAAGCAAACCUGUCUUAACUUAUUUUGCUUAGCUUGGGCCUUCCCAAAUAAGGCAUUAGUGUAAAUAUCUAUCGAAACAAAACAGACUUAAAACCUAACGAUAAGCAAUUCAAACGAAACACGAAUAAUGAUGUUUUCCAUCCAAAACUUUUAAAAGUACUCCAUUUCCAUUGUACUUAACGCGAGCAACCAUUAUCAGUGAACAAAACAUCCAUAUGCUACUGUAAAAAAGCUAAACAAGUCAAAUGCACAUUCGUAAUCGAGCGAAAGUAUACCGAAAAUAAACUAAAGACACAAACCAAACCACCAACUCAUCUAUACAAAUGAAACUAACUGUUUGAAUAAAAAAAAAACAAAUUGUAAAAAUAUCAGAGACUAAAGCUAAACGCAUUGCAUUCUAGGAGUAACUUGACGGAUCAAUGACAUUGCGCUAAAUUUGUACAGUAUAUGUUCUAAAAAUUUAACAAAUUGUAAAAGAAAGGCAAAUCAUUUUGUUUUCAUUGAUUAUGAACGUUACCAACCAUAGACGAAAGGCAGCAUUUAUCAGAUGAUAGUUUUACAGCGCCAAUAAUCAUGCACCUUAUAUUUGCUAUAGAUAAACUCUGUCACCCAUGUUAUAGCUGGCAUUUGCUGUAACAAAAAACCUAUUCCCCACCCUCAAGCACAUAUGUGCAAAACGUUGUAUAAUACAAAGCCGUAUAAUUCGAAAAGAUUGUCAGCAUGUUAGGUGAUAUGAGAGCAGCAUCUGAAAAAAAGGAAACGUAGCAACAGCACAAAAACCUAUUUAUUUAUUCAUGUCUGAUUGUGUCAGGCAAAAAACCAAUUCUGUAUGUAGAGUAGUUAUUCUAAUUUAAAACGAGUUUCUUUUUAAAAUUUAAAAAAAAUAUUCGGACGCGACAAAAUACACACACCCAUUGGAUGGCUAUAUAGAACAAGUAAAUGCGCACGCGAAUUAGAUAGAAAAACACAGGUAUAGCAACAAUAGUAAUUGAGUUUAGAAGUGAUCGAGAGUGCGAGAAAUCGAGGAAAAGGAUGUGAAUGUGUAUUAUCCUUUAUUUGAUAUGUAUACUGGAAAAGUGCUAGAUUAGGCAGAUUAAAAAUAAAACAAAACAUGAGGGAAAUCUCAACGAGUCUAGUAGGUUAAUUAAAAUAAUUGAGUUUUUAUGAACAAUGUAAACGUGUUUCCAAAUAAAUCGAGAAAAUGCAGUAAAAUAAAAU